ACUUAUUUGCCGAUAGCCGCUACGAAAACACUGGCAGUUAGGCCGGAGGAUAUUUUCUAUUUACUAGAAUAUGAGUACGGAAUACGAUUGUAAUUAUGGAUAGCGAAGCGUUUAGGAUGAGUAGGCUUAACAGGCCUAUAUCCGGUUAUAUCACCAAUGUUCCGUGCGAUUGCCCAAUUCAGGGGAGUUUAACGAGGGACGAGCAUCAUAUAUCUCCAAUAGAAGCUGACCAACUACCGUCUAAGAGGGACUUCACUGAUAGGGCUUUUAGUUACAAUAGUGGUUCAGAUGGAGAGACUGAUGAUCAUUUAACUUCACCGUCCGACGAACCUCCACCACCAGCUCCCGGUACCUUAUAUACUCCGGUUUCUGAAUCGGAAACAGAAAACGAUCCCUCAGAAAGAUCGACUUUACCAGUUAAAAAUAGACGUUCGGAUACAUUGAGGAGUACCACAACAGAAAAUCAUUAUUCAAGGAUAAGCGAAGCCGAGACUAUGCCCCGAGGAAGAAUUAACAUUGGCGAAGAGACGAUCGGACCGGAUGUGCCUCCUCGCUUUCCCACGCUUCAUACAAAUCAUAUAGCCGGUGGUGAUCAUCACUACAUAAGGCAGGACGCUUCAGGAACUGUCUUCAUUCCUCAGCCGGGAAUGAUGACAAUGAAUAUUCCAAGGACUAACAUCCGACAAAGAAAUGGAGCAUCGCCCGCAACAAAUUUUAAUGAUAUAAACUCUCCAGCAUUAUUUAAUGAUUGCAGUCCUGACAGGUUAAAAGUACAAGGUAAAGACGCGGAUGUGAGCAGUGAUUCGUAUUGGGCGAGGCAAAAUGCUGCUCACUUAAACAUUCCACCGUUACCGGUCGGAAGUUAUCCACCUUCUAAUUCCGGAGUCGCACCUGCUCACGCGGCCGCUGAUAUAUAUUCGCGAUUCUCGUCUGAUUAUUCUAGAAUGAAACGGGAAUCAGUUCUACGAUGCUGCCUGGAAAAAUGUUCCUGGAAAAUAACAACAAUUCUCUUUGUCCUUCUCUUCAUAUUUACAUUAGGGACGGCAGUAUACUUUAUAGCUCAACCAACCGAACCAAUCGAGAGAAGGGAGCCUGAAAAAAUUAGCCUGAUGAAUGGAAAGCGUAUGUCGGUUACACUCAAACCGCAUAGUUUUAUAGUUAACGAAUUUAGAAUACAUGCCGAUCGCCAUUACAUGUUCAAUUUCUCUUUGCCACGCUACUCCGUUUUGGGUAUAUUUUUGAGGAGAGGAGAUACUCCGUCUUUUGUACAGUACGAUGAAAUCUUUCGUGUUUACGGGAUAUUUACUGAUAGAGCUAAGAGAUCUAUUAGUAAUAAAGAAGUAAUGAAAGAUACUGGAGACGAUCGAUUCUACACAUUUUUACAUAGCGGUCUUUGGUACAUGAUGAUUUAUAAUGAUGGGAAAGCGGACGUUGAUUUUUCAUUCGAAGGGAAAGUUUAUAGGAUGAAAGGUGGGAGGAACUGUCCGGGAAAUUGUAACGGAAGGGGAAAGUGCUACGAGAAUGGAGAUUGCGCUUGUUAUAAUGGUUGGAGAGGUGUCGAUUGUUCGGUAGAGCCCUGUCCAAUACUAUGUAGCAAUCGGGGAGUUUACAUAAGAGGAAGAUGCGAAUGCAAAGAAGGCUACAAAGGAAACGAGUGUGAAUAUUCCAUAAAUCAAUGCGAAGUACCUAACUGCAAUGGCUAUGGGAAGUGUCAGGGUGGCAAAUGCGUUUGUCAUCCGGGCAGGACCGGAAAACAUUGCGAGCUCGGGACUUGCAGCGAUCCGAAUUGUUCAGGGAACGGCGUUUGCGUCAAUUCAACUUGUUACUGCAACGCCGGAUUUUCAGGCGAUAAAUGCGAGUACGAGGGUAACGUUUGCCCGCAAGCUUACUGCAAAUAUCGAGGAUAUGUAGGCAGUAAUCGGCCGCUCUGUACUUGCAAUAGCGGUUAUUACGGAACGCAAUGUGAAUUUGAACAAUGCAGCAUAACGUGCGGACCGCACGCUGAAUGCCAUGGGAAAGUAUGCAAAUGCCACGAAGGUUGGUCAGGGACGUUCUGUAAUCAUAGAACAUGCGAUGCCAGGUGUGAAAGAGAUAAUCAUGGUAUUUGCAUGAACGGAACAUGCGUAUGCAAUGUAGGCUUUCACGGAACUUUGUGUACAUUUGAUGAUUGCCGGCUGAAUUGUAACGGACAUGGAAAGUGUGAAAAGAAUUCGAAUGGUGAAGGAUACACUUGCCUCUGCCAAAGGGGCUUUGGUGGUAAAUACUGCCAUAUUGAAGAAGAAACGUCUCAUGAUAAAUGCCAUGAUGGUAAGGAUAAUGAUGGAGAUGGAUUGACAGAUUGCCAAGAUCCGGAUUGUAGUAGGAGAGAAUUAACAGCACCAUGCAAGACUUUCAAUCCUAGCCAAUAUCGACCAUUUGAUUUGUACUUGUUAAGGCCACAAUUCGUUCCGACCUCGUUUUAUGAGAGGUUCAAAUUUCUUCUUGCUGAUGGGAAACUUCAAAAUAUUGCCACAUGGACGAUGCCCCAGAAGAGGAUGAGCCUUCUCAAAGGAAGGGUUCUUAUGCACAACGAUGUACCCGUUUUCGGUAUUAAUGUCAGCAUUUCCGGCCAGCCUUUCUGGGGAUGGACUUUAACAGACAGUGGCAAAAGCAAUUACAAUGAAGGCGGUGUCUUUCACAUGUUAGUAAGCGGAGGAGGAUCGCUAGAAAUAAAAUUCGAGCAUUUCCCUCCGUCUGGUGAAAAACCAGUAUUUAAAACAAAAACCGUUCGAGUAAUGGUCCCUUGGAAUGAUGUAGUUAACAUUGGAAACGUUUAUAUUGAAUUAGUCAAAAAGGAGCCAAAGAAAAAGAAAAGUGAUUGUACAGUUAGACAUGAUAGACGCCUGCUGCACCCAGUCAUUGUCUAUUCCUGGAUAAAUUCGUAUAAUGGAGGUUGCAAAGAGGGUUGUCUGUUUCCUCUAUCAAAUACUCAUAAACAAGUGAUACCUAUUCUCGAUACUCCGUUAUCGUUAGUAUAUGUAUCCUCAAACGCUAACAAUUUUGAAUCAAAGUUAACCGUAAAGGUUACAGAUUCUUACGUUCCGGAAGACUUACAGGAAAUCCGUCUUAUUUUAGAUGUUGAAGAUUGGAGAGAGCAUGGUGUUAUUGAAGCACUUCCUCAUCAAACUUUUACAUUCUAUUUGAAGCGCCAGCAAACUGCUUUAAUGAUUCAAUAUAGUUAUGGAAAUGUUUUAGCAAAGAUUUCAAUAGGAUAUAUCUAUCGAUCUUGUACUCAACCACAAUGGCAUCAUUUAACAUCAAAAAUAACUACUGCUUCUGCUCUGACAUCAAAAAUUUACAAGUGGAACUUGAACAUCCAUCACUUUUAUAGCAUUGCAAACAAUAUACUAUUUAAAGGCGAUGGUACACUUAUCGAUUUCACUGAGAGACCUCGUAUUUUAGUUGAUAUAUUUAAGGGACGAAAAUGCAAAAGAAAGAAGAAAGCUUGCCGUUUGCGUUCUCCUAGAUCGUUAGCCAGUGACGGAAACGGAAAUGUUUACGUAUCGGACGAACGUUUUAUAUGGAAAUUUGAUGACAAGGACGGAUAUGAAUUACAUAUGGAUUUUAUUAGAUUUAAUCCAUCCUAUCUCCACUAUAUCGCCGUUGAUCCAACGACGAACUACUUAAUCGUAUCAGAUCCUAGAUCCAGAGCCGUUGUUAAGCAAGAAACUCCCGACCCGAAAGAGAAUGGUUUCAAUAUGAAUAAGAUAGCUGGGGGCGGUGGAAAAUGCAUACCCGGUCAACCGGACGAAUGCGGUGAAGGGGGAUACUCGGGUCGUUCCAGUUUGCAACAUCCGAAAGGCGUGGCUGUGAAUAAGCACGGUGAAGUCUAUAUUGCUGACGGAGCCGUUGUAAGAAAGAUCGAUAAGAAUCGUAAUAUUCAUACGGUUGUCGGUACAAUUGGAUUACCAACAAAAUUAAAGAAAUUUCCAUGCAAUGGUACCAUACCAGCGAGAGAAGUUACCCUUUGGGAUCCAUCGUCGAUAGUUAUAUCGCCUGUUGACGACUCAUUACACAUCUUAGAUGGUAAUGUUGUUUAUAGAUUAUCUGAAGAUGGAUAUCUAUCGAUAAUAGCUGGUAGACCACAUCACUGUCCGCCCAUAACUAAACGAGAACAGUAUAUUGAUAUUGAAUACACUGAACCGUAUCCAGCUUUCGACGCUAUUCUAUAUGAACCGCGUGAUAUUGCUUUUGAUUAUAAUGGUCAAUUAUACAUAUUGGAAUCAGAUGGCAAAAAAAUAAAUCGUGUACGAAUAGUAACGUCGGAUGGUUUCAUCAAGUUAUUUGCUGGUAGAGUUUCAGAAUGCGACUGCUCAAAAGAACGUUGCAAUUGCAAUGAGCACUUGGGAGUUUCCGCUCUAGAUGCCUUACUCAAUUCGCCGUCUAGUAUUACUGUAACGCCGGAUAAUACCUUAUAUAUUUCCGAUACGGGAAAUGGAAAGAUACUUAAAGUCGUCAGCCAAGUGCCUAAAUUAGAAGAGAAUAAAUUCAAUUUCAAAUCGGUUGAUUUCUAUAAGGCUAAGAAAAUCUACCGUAUAAUGGAUAGUGAAACUAAAGAAAUGUACGUCUUCAAGGAUAAUGGUCAUCACUUAUUAACAAUUGAUUUGCUGACUGGAGAAGUGAAGUACAAAUUUAAAAUCGAUUAUCGAGGAGAUCUUAGACAGGUCAUUUCUAAUGGAACAGAUGAUUCAAAGUUCAAUGUAACUGUAGAUCGUAAAUUGUAUCAAAAUAGGGGAGACGAAUGCCUACUCGUUAAUAAUCAAUGUUAUAAAUUGGGUAAAGAUGGUUCUAAGCAACUGAAAAAGUUCACCUAUCCUAACGGUCAAGCCUAUCAAUUUGAAUUUAACCUAGAAUAUCAGCUAUUAUCAAAGGUCGAACCACAUGGUGAGCUGACAUUUUUCGAAUAUGAUCAAAAUAAUCACUUGAAAAGUGUGGUUGGACCUACUGGCGACGUUAUUGAACUUAAACAAGAUGAUUUGAGUGAUCUUUCAACGUAUGACCUAUACGUAACUGGUAUGAAUAGUAUUAAAUGGAGAAUAAACGACGGCUCAAUUACAUAUUCGCUCCAAGACUCCACGGCUAAGAAUAUUAUUCGCAGAGUUAAUGAUGAAACCUAUGUGGUAAUUCACGCUAAUAGACUCGUAUCAGUAGUAGAAAUGACGCCUCGUUAUCUCUCAACCACAGAACAAACCAUUCAAGAAAGACGUAAGCUGAUCAUUCCGAAAGAAGUAGGGAAAUUAGAGUUGGAUUUUACAAAAGUUCUACUCAGAUAUAUCGAUCUAGAUAAUAGAGAAAGAUCGAGUAGUGGAAAUACAAAUAAUUUUGGAUCUUAUUGGAAUUUCAAUUUGAACUCUACGACCGGAUCGGAUGCUCCAAUUCCGCCGUAUAGAUAUUUUGGUACUUCUUUGAAAUUAAAUAAUAUGGAAUUUCUUCGUAUUCUGUUUAAAACGGAUAAGAAUAGACCUCAAGAAAUUUAUUAUAAAUCAUUAGGAACUAAAAGGCCUUCCGAAAAGCUAUUUACGAUAGAAAAGCUCCCAGGAGGUUUACCAGUCAAAUUUAUACCUAGAUUUAGUCCAAAGAGCUUAAAUCAUAUAGUAAUUCAUUACACUGCGAGCGGAAAACUCUCAUCUUGGGCUGAGAAAAAGAACACGUUUGAAGUACGAAACAUAUCAUUCGUCUAUGAUGACCAAGAUCGCCUUACGAAAACAUUAAUAAAUCGUAGGGCUGAGUAUGAUUAUCGUUACCAUAAAGGGCACAAAGUUCCAAGAACUAUUGAACGUUCAUCCGGUAGACAAUUUCACGUUAAAAUGGAUGAUAAAGGAUUCAUUAAGGAGAUAAUAUCUCAAUCAUUAGCUCAUAAUAGAUUUCAUAAAGUUUUAUCACCAAAUCUACACCGUCUUGUCUAUCAAAGACAUCGUAACGAACGUGUUUUGUUUGAUUUUGACGCCUUCGGCCGUUGCAAGUAUAUUCGACUGCCUUCGAACGAAAGGAGGAUAUCCUACAAUUUCCUAACAGAUGGCCGCCUUCUCGAGGAAAAGUUUGACAUGACAUCAGUCAAGUACAUGUAUCAAAGUCAUUCGAACGAAUUAGCUUCAAUCCAUUUAGAAAAUGGUAUAGAAGAUCAAGGGAAAGUAUCUUUGAAUUAUUUUGGGGAUAUUGUAAUUAACUUGCACAGAAUUGAAUUUCAAAACGAGGAAGUUAAAUCAAUUGAGUUUAACUAUAAGAGGGAUGAUUUACUUCGUGUAACAGAGAUAAGUGGCCAUAUUGGAGAAAGAAUCUUUACUACACUUACGUAUAAAUACAAUGACUAUGGAGACGUUGAAUAUAUAAAUAGUAACUAUUUUAGAAAGACUUCUGAUUCAGUAGACGUUGUAGGUGUCAGCCGUAUACUCAUUGAAAAGAAACACGAUCUCUUUAAUAAAAUGGAAGAAGUAACUGUUAUGUUCGGAAAGCGUAAAGUGAGUAACAUCAUUGUUAAGAGAGAUGCGAGAGGACGUCCAAUAAGACAGGAAAAAUAUAGACACUCGUCUGGCGGUGGCAUGCAAUUCGUACAAGAAUAUGCCUACAAGGAUGAAGCGAUCAAGGUUUAUAAGGAGCAGUCGAGAGACAUUUUAUCUUAUAACUUCAAUUUUGAGGAGAACGGCGGUUUUGUCAUGAAAAAUGACUUGAAAGGUAAUCAACAAGAGUUUCGCAUGAAUGUCACUGGAGAAGUUCUGUCUAUGAAAGUUAAAGGAACCGAAACGACAUUCCACUACGACAUUGACGGAUACUGCAUCUAUUCUAAAUCGAAAAAACAGAAAAUUGUAUUUGAAUGGUCAGCUAAAGCCCAAAUCCUAAGGAUUACUGAUCAUAGCUUUGACAUUCGAUACGUUUACGACGGUCUCGGCCGACUAACCGCUAGAAUAAAGGAAAGUAGAGUAAUUCAAUUCUUUUACUCCGACCUCACUAACCCGGGACGAGUAACGCAUAUUUAUGAUAACAAGGUUGGAAAAUCCGUUUUCAUCUACGAUCGGAAUGGGCGAUUAACCGUCAUAAUACAACGUAAUAGAACGUACGCUGUCAUCCUGGACGGGUUCGAUAACGUUGCAGCAAUCUACGACGCCGAAACAGGCGAGGAAGUAGUCAGAGCAAAUUACGACCCUCUAGGCAGGAUAAAAAUUGAUGGUCAAUUUGAGUUCUACUUGGGUUACCGUGGAGGAAUACAUGAAAUAGAGAAUAACUAUGUCGUGUUAUUAAACGGUCGUAUAUUGCAUACUAUCCACGGAAUGUACUUGGCUCCCGAUUACCAAGCCUUUAUUAAACAGUCUCACAAAGUAUUGACUCACCCGGAAAUGCUAUACCUCUAUCUUCCGAUAUUCCCAGACUUGAUAGACCUACAACCGCCUACAGAUCCGAAAUGGUGGCUAAAUACCUUCGCUUUUAACGUUGAUAAUUUUAUCCAUAAAGUCGGCGCCGACGGCUCGUUAAACUCUAUAUUGGAUUAUCGUACAUCGCUAAUACCUACGGUGAAGCAUACUUUGUCGGCAUCCACAACUGUGGAAGCUUCGUAUCGGGAACGUGAAAGGAUUAUUUUAAACGAGUUAUCUCCUUUCCUAAAACCGAAUUUGUAUUAUAAAGAUCUGCUAUUUACUCCCCUUACUUCCAAACACGGCUAUCCAUUAGGGGAAGGAAUGCUAUUGGCGGUUCGACCUAAUUUGGACGUUCGUCUAAAGUCUUGUAAGCCCUUGAUUUCAAAAGAAAAUAAAAAGCUGAUGGAGAAAAUGACAAGAGUAUUCAAUCAUACGAAAAAGAUUGACGGUGUCUAUACAAAAUUCGGAAAGGACUAUCAUUAUUUUGCCUAUCAAGCAUCCGACAAAGUCGGAUCAAUGAUAAGCCAAGGUUUAAAACGAACUGAGGAUUUAGGUAAUGUCUCUUUGAAGAUAGAGGAUGUUGUGGAGGCCAAUUACAACGUUAGAAAAUCCCAUACGGAUCUAACUGUAAUAAGAUUGGAUAACCAUCAAACUACCUUCAAAGUCAGAGAUGGCAUGAGCUAUUUAGAAAUAAAGGACAAGAUUAAAAUGGAAUACGAGGAAUACGCGAUCAGAAGAGCUUGGAAAAUGGAAAAAGAAAGGGCAGAAUUAGGUAUGCGAACCCGCGCUAAAUGGACUAAUAAACAGAUGAAAGAGUUACGGGAAGGCGAGAAUGUGCAAUCAGCUAAGAUAGCUUGGAGGUGGGCUGUUGAUCCUCAGGCCUAUGAUGACCCCAACAAUAUUAUAUUUGAUUUUGUCGAAGAAAGUUGA